AUGGUUCCUUCUGAAUUCACCUCUCCCUUCCCCUUUCUCUGUUUUUCAGUGAACACCUACCUCUUCAUGAUGCAAGCCCAAGGCAUUCUGAUCCGGGACAACGUGAGAACAAUUGGUGCUCAGGUGUAUGAGCAGGUGCUCCGGAGUGCUUAUGCCAAGAGGAACAGCAGUGUCAAUGACUCAGAUUAUCCUCUUGACUUGAACCAUAGCGAAACCUUCCUACAGACCACAACCUUUCUCCCUGAAGAUUUCACCUACUUCGCAAACCACACCUGUCCUGAAAGGCUCCCUUCCAUGAAGGGCCCAAUAGACAUCAACAUGAGUGAAAUCGGAAUGGAUUACAUUCAUGAAAUCUUCUCCAAAGACCCAGCCAUCAAGCUUGGUGGUCACUGGAAACCUUCUGAUUGCAUGCCUCGAUGGAAGGUGGCGAUCCUCAUCCCCUUCCGGAACCGCCACGAACACCUCCCUGUCCUUCUCAGACACCUCAUUCCCAUGCUGCAGCGCCAGCGGCUGCAGUUUGCAUUCUACGUGGUUGAACAAGUUGGUACCCACCCCUUUAAUCGAGCCAUGCUUUUCAACGUUGGUUUUCAAGAAGCAAUGAAGGACUUGGAUUGGGACUGUCUGAUUUUUCAUGAUGUGGAUCACAUACCAGAAAGUGAUCGCAACUAUUACGGAUGUGGCCAGAUGCCAAGGCAUUUUGCAACUAAAUUGGAUAAAUAUAUGUAUCUGCUUCCAUAUGCUGAGUUCUUUGGCGGAGUGAGCGGCUUAACAGUGGAGCAGUUUCGGAAAAUCAAUGGCUUUCCUAAUGCUUUCUGGGGUUGGGGUGGAGAGGAUGACGACCUCUGGAACAGAGUACAGAAUGCAGGCUACUCUGUGAGCCGGCCCGAGGGGGACACGGGCAAGUACAAGUCCAUCCCUCACCACCACCGUGGAGAAGUCCAGUUUCUUGGAAGGUACGCUCUGCUGAGGAAGUCGAAAGAACGGCAAGGCCUGGAUGGCCUCAACAACCUGAACUACUUUGCAAACAUCACGUAUGACGCCUUGUAUAAAAACAUAACUGUCAACCUAACGCCCGAGCUGGCUCAGGUGAGCGAGUACUGAGGAGAGGGCAUGUCCACUGGCUCCAGCCACCGCCACCGAGAAGGCCGUUGAAUGAGAUGUGGUGGGGUCUGCAGGGGAGAGUAUAGAAAUCCAGUGUCCCAUGAAGGAUCACAGGGUUCAAGGAAAAAAUGUGACUGCACACGCACAACGCCUUCACCGUACCCACGCUGGGACCGAGGGAGCCAGCUUGGGGACCCCUCGCCAGCAUUGGCUUUUUGUUUUCUCAAGACAGACAUCUGUCCUGCUGCUGUCCCCUGUCUGCUACUCCCACGUCCUAUCUUAGCCACAGUCUCCAGAACCCAUGAAGAAUUGUCACCUGCCACAGUCCUGCUGUGGAACCUGUCCCUACAAAUGACCCUUGGAACCUCUUGGCCUUCAGAGAAAAGAGGCAAACCCCCACAGGGCAGCUGCGUCCCAGGAAGAGCAAGCAAAACUCCACACGCCAUCCUUCUCUGUCUUUGGUGUUCUCCUUGGGUUCGUUUUUUUAAAAAAUUACCUGCUUUGGGUGGGGAUUGAGGGUGGAGGGGAGGGCUUGGGAAAGAUAAAUAGACAUAAAUAUAUAACAAUCACUUCUUGAAGAAGUAUAAUUGUAAAUAAGCCAUGUAAAAUGCCUUUUUUAAAUUUAAUUUUAUAGCUGGCUGCAAUUCAAACCGAGGAUUUAUACAUUAGAUCACAUAUCUGAUUGACAAACGCAGUUGACGGAUAUCAUCUCCCAGAUUGCUGUCACUUUGGGAAGGGAGUGGAUCUAGAGUAUGUCACAAAAGUAGCUGGCUUCCGCCCCUCUCCCCUUCCACGGGUCUUGCUCUCGACUCUGCUCUGGGUUUGCUUCUUCCGCUGGCCACAAGCGCUCAUGCCCAUCUUCCCUGCUGAAAGCAGGCCCUCCCGGGAGCUUGCUGUGCACAGCCCAGCUCUCUGGACUUGAUUUUGGUCUUUUCAUCUUUGUGGAGAGAGGGUGGGUGUUAUGUGGGGAUCCUAUUCCCCUUUUGUUUUCCUGUGGAACUUAGCCACAGUUUCUGAAAGAUGUGCCUGAAUUACCAGCUGGCUUCAGUGAUUCCUCUGCUUCCCUUUCGGUUUCUGGAAUAAUUCUUUGUCGACAUCAUUCAUGAGUAUGUAGAACUAAUGAGAAUUGAAUCAGGGAUAGUCAGCCAGGGAUCGGUGACACGCAUGUCAUGGUCAGCUGGAUCCAAGAAAGACCAGGUCAUGGCUCUGAUGUUAGCCUAAUGCAGCCCCAGCGGGUGAGGCCAAGCAUGCUGCUGGCAGCACCUGCCCUCUGAGGUCCUGCUCUCAAUGGCAUCUGAACGUGUGCCUCUCUGUGCUUCCCUGAACCAAAGCCUUCAGCUCAUAGUCCCUGCCAGCUUCACAGAAUUCUGGAAAAUGCGUUUUGUCCCUUCUU